AGCAACGUAGUGUAGUGCGCGUUAGGAGCGUAGUGGGGAGUUUUUCCAUAAGUGAGAUUAGCCAUAUCAUAUGAGCUCCGUUGAACGGCGGCAUAUGGUUAAACGACGCAAAAAGGGGUUGUUUUAUUACUAUUUGGCCUUGCUUGCUCGUUCUCUUGAAAACUCUAUGUUGGUUGAUUGCCUCUCUCUCCUCUGGUACUAGGCCUCAUGAAGUUACUAGAUUAUAAGCAGUUGACAGAUAAGAAACAGACGAAUUAGCCGAGGGGGUGUAGUGUAAUAGACAUCUAGUAUAUACUUGGCCUGUUAAAGUGGAAUCCCUGCUCGUUAAGUCUAGUAUUGUUGUCAAAGGAUCUGAACCAGUGCUACCGGCCAAGCAACUAAGCAAGCCGCUGCUUGGCUCUUGCUUUCCUGUCUUUCACUAUUGGGCUACUGCCCUUAACUCUUUAGUCCAAGUUGGGUCUCGUACUUGUUCAUUUCGUUCUGAAAUUGAUUAUUCCGUUGACUUAUAGAAGUUUCUCUAAUGAACUACUCUAAUGAAAUAGAUGAAAAUAUACUUGUAUGUGAGAAAACACAUUCCAAGUUGUAAUUGCUUUCCUUGCUUCCCAACUAAAACGACUAUGAUCGAUUGCUAGCCACCAUAAACUCACUAGAGAUAAGAAAUGGAACUAGUGCUGACAGGGUCGAUUGUCCGGUUCACUGUUCCAUUCUGAUAUUGACUACUCAAUGGCUUAUAGCUCGUAUACAAACACUGGUAUCCCCGCUCAAUAGCAUUGAUGAAGUGCCCCGCCCACCUUACCUUAGAAGCAUUGGUUGAACCGCUACACUCUAUCUCCGUUGAUUACUAUCUAUUGGAUUGAGCUAUAAAAGCUAUUUGACCUACGUGAACACUUCAGCAGGAAAGACAUAGUAUUGAUGAAUAAUCCGCAAGAAAUUCCUAUUGACAAAGACAGGAAAGGCAUGCUGUCAUAUUAGAAAGAAUCAGAAAUGUUCGUUCCCAGCCUGAUGCAUUCGUAGCUCGAUCGUUGCUACGGGACUUGUGAACAGUGAGCAUAUGGGCAUAAAGGCAUCAAAUAAAUAGGAAAAACUCGAGUAGGCGGCUGACCCUCUUGAACCUCCCCUUUCAGAAACUCCUAUGGCCGAUCUUCCUUCUUAGACUCUAUUCCAUCCCGCUUAUCCUUUUGAAUAUCAUUGAUUAAUUGAGAGUUUUGCUACCGCCACUCCUGAAGAACGCCUGUUACGUUACUCUCUUAAUAAGGAGCGAGUCUCUCUUGAUUAAACGCUUAACGGACUAACUGGGGGUGAUUGGAUCGAGGUUCAAUAGGUAUGAUUAAAGAAAGAAUAGGUUGGUAUAGAAUAAGAUUGGGUCCUGAUGGUCUGCAUGAUUCACAAGAUAGACGGAGAGAGGUUCUGUUAACUGUGUGUUUUCCUUCCUCCCCUUGUCAGUCGAGUGCUUACGAGCAUCAAUCCUUUUCUAUUUCACUAAUUCUCACUGUCCCUAGAUAGAAUAGAUGAGAUUCCAGAAAGGGUAUGUAUGUCCCUAGAUAGAAUAGAUGAGAUUCCAGAAAGGGUAUGUGAGAUUCAAGGGUAUGUCCCUAUAGAUAGAAUAGAUUCGACUCAAGGGUCUGGUCUGUCCCUAGAUUCUAUUUAAAGGUAUGUUCCUAGAUAUAAUGGAUUCUAUUAAGGGGUCUGUCCCUAGCCUGGAUAUGAUAGAAUCUAUUUUUUGGUGGAUUCGCCUAGAUAUGAUAUAAUCUAUUUUAGGGUGGAUUCAUGGAUGAGGUCGAGUGGUCUCAGUUGGAGAUGGUAUAUUGCACUAGUUUAUGGAUUGAACGAGAUUAACACUUGGAACAUAGGACAGGAAAAACAAGGGUCGAGACUGAUAGGCUGGCUUGGGGGAAUAAUAAUACUGUGGCCUCCGUAGAACGGAUUGGAUGCUCCCCUAUUAAUUAGAAUAUGCAAAGCCAAUGGAAUCGAGCUGACUAAGAUGGAUGUAAAGUACUUGUUUAAGUCCUAGCAACAAAUCUUCUGUUCUUUUCUUUCUUUGCGGGAUCGGUUUCAUUCCUAUCACUUUGCUUUGUUAUCAGCCCGGUAGAAGUCAGAGGGUUCCCUUUCUUGUUAUCGCUACCGGUGGAAGGAAGAGGGCAGUUCAAAUACCUUGAUUGAGACGAGACGGUAUAAGAGGGCAGUUCAAAUACCUUGAUUGAUAGCUAUUAUGAUCAGAUUCCAUGUAUCUGGAUGGAGUCUUCUAUAAUUUAUGAAAAACACUCCUGUCCUUACUGCCAAACUGUAGUAAGCUAUAGUAUUUUGCUUGUUUGCUUGUGUUGCUUCUUCACAGCAUAGCUUCAACACUCUCAACUCUACUUAAGAAAAUAAUACAUAUAAGUAACAAACGGUGAACGAAACUCUACCCUUGGCGCGCCCUAAAAGAGAAGUCCGUUAAUGUACCCCGGAAAGUAACCUAACGCUUGCACAUUCUAUACAAGAAUAAAGGUCAACAACUAGCGCUUAAGUAUCACAUUCUAGAAGAAAGGUCAACAACUAGGUAAACAAACGGAAUCAGAAUAAUAUCAUUGAGUGCCGGAGUAACAAAGCACUAGUGUGCGCUACUAAUGCACAACUCGCUAACGCAGGAGCUCAACUCAAGCUUCUAACUCAACGACUAACGCAAUUGAAUAUCACGUGUAACAUAGUUAAUAGUUGAUUAAACAAACAAGCAUUCUUAUUAACUGGGUAGCAAAGUCGACUCAACGGGCUGAGGUAAAUAAAUCCGAAUGGAAGAGAGCUCUUAAUACGCCAAGCCAAGAUAACCAUCACAACUUCUCAAGCCAAGAUAACCAGAACACAACGCUUCUAAAUUGAUUCUCUAAUAACUCGCCCGCCUAUAAUGAUAAGAUAAUAUAAGAAAGCCUUCACUGAACUUAUAAGUAUAGGCCGGUCUGCAACUAUCAAGGUUUUUUCCACUUUACGAGAUACAGCUAUCGCAGCUACAGUUUGGCCUUUCAGUCACGCGUACCCUAAACUCCAAAACCAACUUCAGGCUAAUGCACAACUCAAAGAACUCUGUUAGCCCAUACGAUCAAAUGGUUAUUCACAUAACUCAACAAACAACGGAACAAGCAAACUAACCGCAUUGCUUCUAUUGCUUGCUUCUUUUCUGAACCCUAGAUUUCAGUACUCAUUUAUUCUCUCAGCAGCCAGCAGCUGACGCUGACCUUGCUUUUUGACCUUGCUUGUUUUGUUCGAUAACUCACUGACGUCUGCUUGUUUACUGACUUAUGCCUUUAAGAAUGACUAUGGGCAUCCGAGUCAGCUAAGCUUCUAGGGAUGAUAAAACAAUCGUCUUCUCUCUUCCUACUCGAUCUUCUAGGGCGAAUUCAGAUCUUAGCUUUCCCGGUCGCUGGAGCAGCCGCCACUCUCCCUUCGCUCUGGAACACCAAUGAUGAUGAAGAUAAUCCUUCUGAUUCUGCUCUUAACAACUUCUUCUGGUAGUAAGAUACUCUUUCUUUUCUUCUCUUCUUCUGCUCUUAACUACACCUAUAUUUAUUGCGAAAAUAGACUCGCCUUUCCACAAGCAAGACAAAGAAGCAAAGCAAGAGCGUGAAGUUCAGCGAAGAGGGAAAGAACGUAGCUAGAGCAGUUCCAGCAGUAUUUCCUGAUGUGUCUUGCGGAUGCUGGUCUUUUUGGAGUUCUCGCAGUAUUUCCUGAUGUAUCUUGCUUGCGGGUGCUGUCACUCAUGCAGGAGCCUCUACACCAGGUGUCAUGCAAUAACUAUCAAAGUGGCAAACGCGGUGGCUUCGGGCAACAACGGGCAUUUCCCAUUCUUCUCUUAGUGGGUGGGACAGCCAGAGAUGUAGGGUCUAGUGGUUUUCAGCCUAGAUAAGCUACAGCGGCAAAUCACUUCUUACGAGUUCCCAACACAACUACGCGUAAUACUUUAAACAGGUGUGGCUGGAUGCUUCUUCUCAAUAGGAAUAGUAGUCAAAAUCCAAGCAAGCUUAUUAUGAACAUCUAUUGGAGUCGAUCAUUUCCAAGAUCCAAUUCUAGUUUCUUAUUAUGUAAUGGAAUAGCUUUACAAUCUUCCGUUUUACGCUGUAGCUUAAAGGAGAAAAUGUUCUUGGUGGAUGCAGGACCAGGUACCCCACUCAAUUGUAUGGAAGAUGAGCUUACAGGAGUGCCAAUAAACCGAGCCACGAGCCACAGGUUUGAGAAUAAGGUGGGAUCCCAGAAUGUAGUGGCAGGUGACUCACAGAUUCCAGAGCGGAUUAAUGAUAGAUUCUUAAUGGAUCUAGUGGCCGGUCAAUCACAGAUCAAAGAGCGAGCUGUCUUAAGGUUUCAUGAUUUUUGGGGAUCCCUGGAUGUAUUGGCUGGUGAACCGCUUCUUCUUCCACGAAGAUUAAGACAAAACCGAGCUUGGAUGGAACUGCAGAAGAAUUGGCGAACGAAUAAGAAGGUCAAAGGCUUCAUUAUUAACAAAGUCAAAGGUGGUUAUUCAGUAGCCAUCGCGGGUUUCAUUACCUUUCUUCCAUUCUUUCCUCUCAACACUCAAAAGAUAGCGAAUGAUAGAUUCACCAUUGAGAGCAUUAAUCCCAAUAGGAGGAAAAUUGUGGUGUUCUAACAGCAGUAGAUCCAAGUAAGAUCAAAAUCCAAUCAAAAGGAAAGGCUCUCAGCUCCUUUCUUUUGUUGAGGGAACUUCUUACUGCUUGCUCUUUCAUAAGGUAAGCAGAGGAGCAUUGUAUGCUUUUUUUACCCUGGUCCCAUCCAUUCUAGAAGUCAACAACAGCUUAAUCUCGGCUUAGCUUACGGCUUCAUCUUCGUCAUAGAACAUAAAUAGUCCAUCCCGUGCUCAAGCUUUCUCUUCUAGGUUUGGUCCUACUUAUUAUUCUUUACGAAAAACAAACAAACCCCAAUUCUCAACCGGCGUGGCACAGCCUUAUUCUCAAUAGAACAGGAAGAGGAGCAAAUAAGGACCACCAAAAGUAACGACAACCAAGAUAGGCAUAGUGAUUCGAUCCUUUGAGAACCCUAUUUUGAAGAACCACUAUUUGUUGGGGCUUACCCCUAACACACUACAGAUUGGAUUGCCUGAUUCACGAGUCUUAUAUACAUUGUUACGAUCACCUUUUAUUGAUAAAAAGUCCAGAGAACAAUUUGAAAUGAGAAUAAAGAAACAAUAUCUGGUCAUAAAAACAGAAAGGCAUGAUUCAUUGCGCAAGAAGUUCUUUCGGUUAAAACGCCGUGCGACUCGGAGAACAUAAGACUCUUUUGUAAGGCUUCUAAUCUUGCCGACGGAAUGCUCCUACCCCACCAUGCCUAGCCCUUUCCCUUAAUCAUAGGAGAGGAGGUAUGAAGCGUGGAAAAGAAUGCAAUCAGUGUAUAUGACAUCAUCAUGUAACCUUAAGGAGUGGAGGUAGCAAAACUCAACAUUGAUCAACGCGAGUGAACUGUGCUUAGACGCUUCGUCAAACCGCACCACAUCUACAAGAGGAGCUAAUUUAUGAGUGGGCUUCCCCUUUCGAUUCACGGAAUGUGAUCUGAGACACGAUGGGAGUUUGCGUGCCUCGGUAGGCAAGAGAUCACCGGAGUAUAGCACAAGAUCGCCUUUUCUUGCUGCCAUGGGGUCAACCUGUUAACAAGGUAAACCCAAUGGGAUGGGAACCAAAAAACAGUAGGGUACCGCAUUGGGCAGAAGACGAUUCAAAAAGCGAAGGCUCACCCUUGGAAGUGCCGGGUGAGAUAGGCAACAGGUAGCUUGCUUCCAUGCCGUCUACGAGGAAUCAAUAUCUCUUUGCCGGUGCUGACUUGGAUCUCGGGUGACGGAAUAAGGCGGCCAGAAGCCACUUUUCGUUUACAGCUUACUUAGCGGGCGAAGCUUUACCGAUAUAGGCAGUAAGCUUGGCCACAGCGAAGCGCUUACCAAACGCUAAAUCAAGAGGGCCUUCGACACUUGAGCCGUAUGCGGGGGAACUCGCACGUUCGGUUCUUUGGGGGGGAGACCUUAGGUUGAGCCAUUCCAUCCCAAUAGCGUAUAUUUGGAGCUCAAUAUUCAAUCCGUCUUUCUUGCAAGACCCGUUUAGAUAAGGGAAAACUCAAGAGAUUGCUUCGAAAGCUAUCGAAAAUACCUUGAAUACACUAACCGAAUCAUAUCAUAAACCAGAACCACAUUGGAUAUUGUGUCUUGGGUUCUUUUGGGAUAAUGGAUAACAAAUGUAUUUUCUUACGCGCUAUAUCCCCUGCAGUUUGUUGUGGCUUUCUCAUUCUUGUACAACACCCAACCUCUGGAGUUGAUUCAUUCUGUCAUCAUUGUACCACUAAAUGUUCAGGACGAGGGCAAGUCCCCAUUUGGAAGAUGCUACUCCGGUGACUUUGGUCCGCAACCGACAUCAACUAUUUCGUUUCGUUCGUAUAGAAGUCUGAGUGGAUCAGUAGCUUCUGCAUAAGCAGUGAAUUAUAAGACUGCGUGGAAGCUGGUCCGGGUUUCUGCAAUAGGGAGCAGAGCAAGUAGGUCUUCGGCACGCCACACUUGAAGAGCUUUCCCGCUCGCUUUCUGACGACACUGUCCUUUACCUGAGCACUGUUACACUGUAGUGAAUGUACAGGCAUUCAAAUAGUUUCUACGAAGUCGUAUAUUUAGGUAGGACUUAUGAGAACUUACAACCACUAGGCAACCAAAGUCAUUAUCUCAAAUCUCUAAAGUGAAUUGAGUUAAGGGAGGACCUUGGGGUGUCGUGGAAUAAUUUGGUUCGAUUCCCGUUAUACGUGAUGUGGCAAAAAACACUUAUGGAAGGGGAAAUUUCAUGCCUGCAUUAAGAUUUCAAGCGUGUCGUCUACUUCUAGGAAAUGUUCGGAACAGAGAACUUUCUCUAAUACAACGCAGCAUUCUCCGAAGAUUGAGGAACAAGAGGAGAUCAAUCCAAAUCAAUCUUUCUAGGAGAGAAAAUCGAAACUGUUACAUUAAAUCACAAACAACACGAAAGUUGUCCCUUUAUUAUGGAGAUUUACCUACAAGGGGGCUUCUUCGGAGAGGAAGAGAACGAACUUCAUAUAUCCCUUUUCUACUCAAUCAAGAAACAAGAUCGGACGUGAUUCUGGUUCGUCUCCAUUUUAGUAAAACCAUUCCUCAAGCAAGGCAGCCGAUAAGUCAUCGAAAGGUUAGUUUGAAUAAUGGACAGGUCAGCAUAACAAGUUCUCAAGUUUCCCACGGUGAUCUAAUAUCUUUUCCAGAAACUAUAGCCGAAAUACAAAUAAGGAGAUCUUUCUAUAUCGACAUAUCAGUUGGCAAAAUAAUAGGGAAAUUCCUGCCGGUCAGAAUGUGGAGAAGAACCAAAACAGAAUGGUUCCGCUUACUCAAAACAAAGAGGGGGUGCCGUCUACUACUCCAAUCCGGGUUUUUGCAAGAGUUGCGUGAUUCUAUGCAAGAAGAAGACUUAGAAAGAACAAAGAAGUUUGGAUCCGCUAAAGUAUGCUUAGGCAGUUCCUUCGCUGAGCACAACAGAAUGAAGAAGAAUUUGUUUCAUUUCAAAUACUUUUUCUUAUUGAAGAGAAGGAAGGAGAAAAACCGAAAUCCUCCAACUCUUUCCAUAUGCGCUUUUGUUGACAAGUAUAAAGUAUAUUGUAAUUCGACCUAUUGCUCUGGAUCCCCUUUUACUAGGAAGAUAAGAAUCAAAAGGAUCGAACUACCUACUCAUUAUUCGGAGGUAAAUCAUAGAACACCAAAAGCUGUGGUAUCUUAUGGACCUAACUUAGGGAACAUCCCUCACGACAUAAGAUUGAAAGAUCCAAACCUUCCUCUUUAGAGCUGAUAAGUAAGAAAACGUGGCCAAAGCAUAUAAGCCCUCAUAGGGAAAUAUCCAUCCUGGGAGUAUAUCUCUCCUUAUAGAGAGGGUCUCCCUUUGGAUAGAAAUCAAUAUGUAAGACCGUCGCAGUCGACUAUAAGUAUCAGAUUGCUGGCCUGAGAGAAGGCAGUCUCUCUCGGGAAAACAUUGCCCAAUUUCUCUUCUUUCUUUUCACACAGGCGAAUAAAAGACACUAUGAACGAACAUGAGUUUCAAAUGCUCAAAGGGGAACACACUUUAGACAAAGGGAUUUGUUGUCAGGAGGAGUUUGGACUUUUCUUAGAAAGUCAAGCUCUUGACAAGUCCCAAGUGGAUUCAUAGGUCAUUAAUUCAUUCAUUCUUGUAAAGCUCUUGACAAGUCCCAAGUGGAUUCAUAGGUCAUUAAUUCAUUCAUUCUUCCUUUAAGUUCUCUUCGAUGUAUCGAUCAUGCAUUCCUAAACCACAUAAGCCGGGGGAGAUGCUACCCGCCCCGCAGACAUCAUUGUCAUGGAUGCAGCUUUUUCACAUAGUUUUUUAGGACAUCUUUCUAGGGUACUCCCAUUGGUUUCAAAAGAAAGGAAGGGUGCUAAGAGCCUGCUGCAAAUCAAAACUUACAGCUAACCACGCGACUACAUAUAGAGUGGCAUUUUCUAUUUGUUCAAAACUCUGUACCAUAACUCCAUUUCUCUUCUUCACACAAUUAGCUCUUUCUUUCUUG